AUGAACUGGAUCCCAAGUUCCCGUCAGGCAACUUUUACUGCCACCGUCAUGUCUACCGUAUCCAUCAUUGCAGUGGUUGUAGGGUUGCCGAUUGUUCACAUGCAUAUCCAGAAAGUCACCUCUGUCAUGCUUAUGGAGGUAGAUCUAUGCAAGAGCGAAUCGCGUGAUAUUUGGAAGCAAAUGUCAUUUUCUCAACCGGGUGAUAUUCUCACGAAACGUCAAACGCCGUACGGGAAUUACGGCGCCGUUCCAACCGGGUCAUGCUGUGCCUGCACCCAAGGUAAGGACGGAGUUCCUGGUCGGAUUGGACUGAACGGUCGUAAUGGAAAGUACCUACCCGCACCUCCACCUGGAACGAACGCUUGUCAGAAAUGUCCCCCAGGACCACCAGGUCCACCGGGAAUCCCUGGAGCUAAAGGUUUUCGUGGCCCGCCUGGGAAAGCGGGUACACCUGGACGGCCUGGUGAAGAUAACAGACCAGGACCUCCUGGCCCAAUAGGAGUCCGCGGUGAGCCUGGACCUCCAGGACCUAAAGGUCCAACAGGUGAUCGUGGCAAAGUAUUAAAUGGUGCACCGCCCGGUCCACCUGGCCCUCCAGGAAAGGUGGGCCCACGUGGACCGCCAGGAGGAAAAGGUCACGAUGGUAAACCUGGUCAACCAGGAAAUCAGGGAAUUCGAGGUGCAGUGGGAGCGAGAGGAGACCCUGGAAACACAGGGUUGGCUGGACCACAGGGACCCAAAGGAGAACCAGGCACACCAGGUUCAUGUUCUCAUUGCCACGCAAGCAUGGAAACCACAACGCAACCACUAAGCACUCAGAAGACGGCUGUGUUACAACAGAAUGUUACUGUAGAACAAGAUGAAUACCUAUGGAUUCAUAACUGA